AUGCUCCUACUAAACCGAUUCUUGCUCUUUUCCUCAUUUUCUUGCUCAAUUCUAGCCGAGCAUGUCACUGUCACCUAUCAAUUCUGGGACAAAGGUGACGAAUUUGAUGCAAUUUUGAGUUGUUAGUGGAAAUUUUCGAUUUUCAGACCUGAAAAUAGCCGAAAAAGCAGAGUUUUUCGCCAAAUUUCUGGCGACUUCCAAUCGGUUUUGGACGACAAACUUUGUCGCGGAGCAGCACGACGAGAAAAUCGAUCGGAUACGGAUUUCGAGGUUUUUCGCGAUUUUUCAGUGAAUUUUCUCGAAUUGCUAAUGAAUUUCAGUGAAAAUUGGAAAGGAGCAAGUGUUGAGGAGAAUGUCACAAACAGUUUGGAUCAAGUUUUUGUCAGGUUUUUGAGCUGUGAAAAAAAAAGUGUGGCCUAAAAAUGCCAAAUUUCAGUCUAUUCCAAAAGUUCGCCGACAAACUCUACACAAACUACGCGUUGGACAGCAAACCGGUCUUUGGUAAUUAAAAAAUAAUUUUUUAAUUCCUCAAAACUCUUCCAGACCCGUCCGUAUUUCACCGCCAUCACUACGCGUAUCAGUCCCACGAAAUCGGGACCACCGAGCAGGUUUGGUUCGAUUCGGACGACGGGUCGAAACAGAAAUUCCAUUACACUCUUUGGUUUGUCAAAAGUAAUCAUUUCUUUUAAUGUUUUCCCCCUAAAAAAACGUUUUUUCAGCAACUUUCGACCACUGGGAGGCGGUUUUACAAUUUCUGGACGCUCUCAAAAAGACUCAUUUGAAAGGAGCCAUUGUGGAUUGUGAAAGGUGAAAAACCGAAAAAAAACGCAUCAGAAACAGCGAAAAAGAGCGCAAAUGCGCUAAAAACACCGAGAAAUUCGAAUUUUUGCAGACAACAAACGCUCUGCGUCGAUUUGGACAUGAGUCGGCCGAUUUUGGCGGCGCACAACGCGGAAAACAACGAAUUGUACAAAUAUUAUGAUGGAGACUUCCGAAAAGAUCACCUCCACGAUUGGAUGCUCACGUAACUAGCGUAACUUACCUGGCCAAAAACUUUUUUCGCAAAAUUUCAGAGUCCAACUCCCGGAAAUUUCGAUUUUGACGGAAAAUAAUGUGCCCUACUGGCGGGACGGAAUUAUUCCAGGUAAGCGCUUCGAAAUCUUCAUUUUCAAAAAAGGAAGUGUUUGUAGGCUUCGAUCGGCCACGCGAUACCGUAACCAUUUUGUUUACCGACACGAAAAAGAGUCAAAUUUGGCGGAAUUACAAAAAAUAUGCGAAAUCGGUGCACGGAUACAUGCAUUUGGCCGCCGUGGUCAACAAGGACGUGCAAAAAUGGUAAAAAUCCGGCGCAAACUCGGCAACUGACGAAAAAAUGCAGAGAAACCUUUUUUUCUGUAAUUUCAGGUCAUUCCACCCGGCAUUCAUCACGAUGAAGCCCCAGGACGCGCACAAUAAGGCAUUCACCCUGUACAAAGACAUAACUUUCGAUCGAAUGGCCGAUUUUCUCGAAGACGGCUGGCAUCCGAGUUGCCAUUCGCUGACCAGUGCCAGCGAAUUUCUCACCGCCACCGGCGACAAGAAAAAACCGCUUUUGCUGUUUUUCGACCCGUUGGGCUCGAAAAAUGUGACGCAGUUUCAGUUUCAUGCCGCCCACGCGCAAGUCGAUCGGCGCAUCGCUCAUUUUGCCGCUGUUACCGGGUAAAAAUCGAUUUGCGCGUGAAAUCUCAUGUUGUUUGCCUUUUUUUUCAGUUUCGACCUGUUCGGAUUGUACCUGUCGAGCGUUUUCCACGUGGAAACCGCGCAAUACGUGGUCGUUCAACGCCUGGUACGGUUUUUAGGGGUUUUGCACUCAAAACACCGUGAUUCGACGUCAUUUUCGUGUUUUAUAGGAAAAGGGAUGGUGCUUGCACACAAAACCAAUCGAGGAAGACGAUUUUGUCAGAACUUUGCGUUGGGUCGAAGAUUUGAAGCCUUUCAACUGCCAGGGUACGGUUUCUUGGCGAAAAUCACAAUUUUUGUCAUUUUUUAGAAGUUAUUGAAGACUUCAAGUUCCCAAUCGGUCGCCUGGAUCUUUUGGAGCGAUUUGAAGAUUUAGAAGAGCUGGAAAGAGAGUUUACGACGGUCGAGAAGACGCGAGACGAACUGUAG